AUGGCUGAGAUCACUGGUCGGUACCAACCUCAAACAAAUGAGCAAGCAACAGCUCAGCCAAAUGUUGAUACGGCGGCCAUUUUGGCAGCACUCACAUCGUUCAAACUGGAAGUACGAUCGGAAUUCCAAGAUCAAAGAAAAGAAAGAGAAACUUUAAAUAACAAAAUUGAUAAGAAGAAAGCUUAUGUCAUAGACACAACUGACAAGUUCCCUGUUUUGAAACCAGUAGAGAUGGUGGUCAUUAAGGCUCUCAACUACAGUGUUAAAGAAAAGAAACUAGCAGCCAAACUGAUGGCUAGGUUCCAGGGACCUUACCAAAUAAAACACAAACUGGGUGCUUCAGUGUAUUUGUUAACUGCCAAGAAUGAGCCCGAUGUUGUCAGAGGAAUUUUUCAUGCAGCACUCCUUAAGAAAUACUAUGUGCAGGAGGACCAAGCCAAUGCAUUACCUAUAGACCCAGGUUAG